AUGAGCGGCACCACGAGCGUGACCAUCAACACCGACAGCGUCGGCGGCGACAUGGCGCCCGCCGCGCCGCCCAAGCGCAACUUCAUCCAGAAGGUGAACGAUGUGAACAAGAUGGAGCUGCCCAAGCUGCUGCGCUACAUGCGCCUGGGCAACGUGGGCUGCUCCAUCCUGCAGAUCAUCGCCGGCGUCGUGGGCAUCACGUCCUUCAUCACGCUCAACAUCACGGGCACGCUCGUGUCCAUCUACGUCAUCAUGUUCGGCAUCCUUUUCCUGCUCUUCGAGUGCCGCCUGUCGCGCAUGGAGACGGCCAUCCGCUCCAACUUCGGCUUCCUCUACAGCUACAAAGGCCGCGCCGCCUUCAUCUUCUUUAUCGGCUUCCUGGACUUCGGCAUCGGCUCGGCGCUCGCGACCAUCGCCGGAGUGCUUAUGUGCUUCAACGCCUUCAUCAACCUGCUGGUCAUGUGCCGCCACCCGCAGUUCAAGUCGUCGCUCAGCGCCGACGCGGACCCCACGGCCGGAUACACCACGGGCAGCCAGGAGGCCGCUAACUUCAUGAGCAAGAACCCGGAGCUCGCGGCCAAGGCCGGCCAGUACGCCUUCCAGCACGCGGCCAACACGCGCCACUGA